AUCCGGGGUCACGUCGGUCUUCCGGGUGUUUCUGACAGGGCUUUGGACGCCGCUCUUUCGGCGACUUUUUGGUCUUCCGCUUCUUGCCACUGCCCCCAACCUCCCACCUCCGUGCUGCCCCUGCCUGUUGUCGUGUCGCUCCGCCCGGGCCGCCGAGCCCGGAGUUCAGAUCGCGGGCCGGAACCGGAGCCGGAGCCGGGCCUAGCCAUUCCGCGGGCCACCACCUCCUUUGGCUCGGGCGAAAGCCACGACCGUCGCCGGCCCGGCCUGGGAGCUCCCGGGCGGCAGUGCCGGCGGCCCCGCUUAGCCCUGCCCGAGGACACCGUGAGUUAGGGGGCUUCGGAGAGGGACGCCGCCCUGGGGGCCCAGGCCGGGGGCGGGGCCCGGGGAACUUUCUCUGAAACUCUGCUGUUUUGCUUUGCGUGGGAGGCUCGGGCCGUUUCUCCGCGAUCCCGGGCUGCGGGGCGGACCCGGCUGCUGCACUUUCUGAAGAAUCUCAGGACCGCUUACUCUUUCCACGCCUUUCUCCUCCUCGCGCCCCGUCCUCCGUCUAGGACCGAGAAGGAAGAUAGGCUCGGGACCCCUGCAUGGUGUUUCAAAGGGUGGUGAAGAACUAAGGUAGAAGAAUACAUGUUCACUUUUAGUGAACAAGAGCAUGUUCCCAAACUCAAUUUUGGGUCGCCCGCCUUUCACGCCAAACCAUCAACAACAACAAAACUUCUUCGCCCUGUCACCAACUCUUUAUUCACACCAGCAGCUUAUAGAUGCCCAGUUCAACUUUCAGAACGCAGACUUGUCUAGAGCUGUGACAUUACAGCAGCUGACGUAUGGAAAUGUCAGUCCAAUACAGACCUCAACUUCCCCAUUAUUUCGAGGAAGGAAGAGAUUAAGCGAUGAGAAAAACCUUCCUCUUGAUGGUAAACGGCAGCGUUUUCAUUCACCCCACCAAGAGCCAACUAUAGUUAACCACAUAGUGCCUUUAUCAGGUGAAAGAAGAUACUCAAUGCCACCAUUGUUUCAUACACACUAUGUGCCAGAUAUAGUCAGAUGUGUUCCACCCUUUCGAGAAAUACCAUUUUUAGAACCUAGAGAAAUCACACUGCCUGAGGCCAAAGAUAAGUUGAGUCAGCAGAUAUUGGAGCUAUUUGAAGCAUGUCAGCAGCAAGUAAGCGAUUUAAAGAAGAAAGAACUCUGUCGAACACAGCUGCAGAGAGAAAUUCAGCUGUUAUUUCCACAAAGCAGACUUUUUUUGGUGGGAUCCUCUUUGAAUGGAUUUGGUACCCGGAGCAGUGAUGGUGAUUUAUGUCUAGUUAUUAAAGAGGAACCAUGUUUUUUUCAGGUAAAUCAGAAGACUGAAGCACGACAUAUACUCACCUUAGUCCAUAAACACUUCUGUACUAGACUUUCUGGCUACAUUGAGAGACCUCAGCUGAUUCGAGCAAAAGUGCCAAUUGUGAAGUUCAGGGAUAAAGUCAGUUGUGUGGAGUUUGACUUGAAUGUAAACAAUAUUGUUGGAAUAAGAAACACAUUCCUUCUGAGAGCUUAUGCAUACCUUGAAAAUCGAGUUCGUCCGUUAGUACUGGUGAUUAAGAAGUGGGCGAGUCACCAUGAUAUAAAUGAUGCCAGUCGUGGUACUUUAAGCAGCUAUAGUCUUGUAUUGAUGGUUUUGCACUAUUUACAAACCCUACCUGAACCCAUCCUUCCAUCCAUCCAAAAAAUUUACCCAGAAUCUUUCAGUCCUGCUAUACAGUUGCACCUUGUACAUCAAGCACCAUGUAAUGUUCCUCCUUACCUCUCAAAGAAUGAAUCAAGUCUUGGGGACCUCUUACUGGGCUUUCUUAAAUAUUACGCUACAGAAUUUGACUGGAACAGUCAAAUGAUUUCAGUUCGUGAAGCCAAAGCCGUUCCCAGGCCUGAUGGUAUUGAAUGGAGAAAUAAAUAUAUCUGUGUAGAAGAACCUUUUGAUGGAACAAAUACAGCCAGAGCUGUACAUGAAAAGCAGAAGUUUGACAUGAUCAAGGAUCAAUUUUUAAAGUCAUGGCACAGAUUGAAAAACAAAAGAGAUUUGAACAGUAUACUACCUUUAAGAGCUGCUAUCCUGAAAAGAUAACUGGCCUCUAUUUCUCAAUAAAUUCUUCUGAGAAAUAAAGAACAAUAGUAACAUCAUAAUGCAUUUUGUUUACCUCCACCCUGGUUUCUUUUUAAUUGUUCUUCUUGUUUUCAUGUUUUAUUUUUAAGAGGACAUACUUAUAUAAAGAUUGCAUAUUUUAUUACAACAUUUCCUAAUAAAAACCUUUGAUUUAAAGAUGUAUUUUUGAAAAUGUUUACAUUGAUGACUAGUAAUAUUAUGGCAUGAAUUUUCAGGAGAUCAGAUAAAAUAUUUUUGGGGGAAUUAUCUGAACAAAUAAAAGGUUUUUGAUAUAAACUUCAAUUAAUUGUACCACGUGCUAAUACUGAGGAGCUGUGUGGCAUUUUGGACAGGGUCCGACUCAGACAUACUUACAGCAUAACCUAUAGUCGAUGGUUUGUUGCCUCUCUGUUCUAGUAAGGUGAAGAGUCAAGUCAGUUAUUCAGUUACUUGAAGCAAAAUGACAUCUUUUAUUUCAAUGAAAUCACUGCAGAGAGGCGUGAAAUACUGGACAAUUGCCUUCAGUCUUCACGUGACUCACUGGGAUAGACGGAGGCUUUGGGUGUGUCUCUGUGAGCAUGUCAUUAGUACCUCACAUGCUUUUGAUGUAUUUUUGAGAUUGCUUUAAUUUUUUUGUUGAAACGACAGUACAUUUUGCACUGUAGUAAUAUGAGCACUGACUGUGUUGUUCGGCAGUUAGUGAAUUGUCUUAAAGGAUCAGUUCAGUGUAGACAUUUUGAAAAGAUUAAGUCUCCUGUGCUUUAUGAUAACUUAGUGCAAUGUACACUCUGGCUUUACUUCCCAUUCUCCUGCUCUUACUCUCCCUGUGACAUGAAACAGAAACUGAAAGAUCAACGUUGAGAUUAUAUCCUAUUGAUAGUAUCAGACUUUUUUCUGUGUACAAUUAUAGGAUUGUAAUCUAAACUGGAACUUUUAGGCAGUAAGCCACUAUAAAAUGUUUUAGGUAAGACAUAACGAAAUUAUUAUAAAUAAAGUGUUAAUGUUUGUAACGAUAUCUUUUUAGUAUCUCCUUCCCACGUGAAGAAGUAGUGGUGGCUGCUAAAAGAGCUACGGUGUUUAUUAAGGUUGUUUUGGUUUAUGUAAAUAUUUGUAAAUUCAUCAACUCCUGUACAUUUAAAUAUGAAAAGUAAUCUUGAAAACAGUUUUAACUUUUUCAAAAUGACUGUGUACAACUUCUUUUAGACCUGCUGUAGCACAGUUUGUACCUCUCAUGUAUUUGGUUUUUUUGCAGACCAAUUCAAAUGCUAAGACUUGCUUUUCUUUGACUUGUAAAAGGUGCAUAUUGUCAUUUUCUUCUUUAAGUUUAAAUUUUUGUAUGAUGUCAAAUGGAAUAAAGUUUGUAUCUGGAAAUUGU